GAAUCAUCGACAAGCUGAUCCGGACGAGCUGGGAUGCUCUGUACAUACCGGAUCGUAUCGCGGAGGGUGCUCUGUACAUCCAGCGCCGGCAGAAGGCAAACUAUAACGCGUCGUUGUCUGCACGCGACCACUUUCCAACGCAGCAAAGAACCGUCAGCCCAGGACCCGCGAUUACCGAACGAUGUGGACGAUCUCAUCGAAGACAAAUUUGCGGUACUGAAGUCGACGUACGACGUUCCGAAACAUCCGAUCAUCUUGGCCCAUGGUCUUCUAGGAUUCGAUGAACUGCAUCUGGCCGGAAAUCUCUUGCCGGGCGUUGAAUAUUGGUAUGGGAUCACUCAAGCUCUAGCAGCGAAGAAUGUCGAGGUCAUCACAGCUUCCGUUCCACCAUCUGGGAGCAUCGAAGUGCGAGCGGCAAGACUCGCUGAAGUCAUCGAGAGGAAGGCGAACGGAAAGGCCGUCAACAUCAUAGCAGGUCUUGACAGCAGAUACAUGAUAUCCCGUCUGCAGCCUCCUAACGUGAAGGUGCUAUCACUAACCACCGUCGCCACUCCACAUCGCGGAUCCUCCUUUGCGGACUUUGUCUUCAAAGGCAUCGGCGUCACGAGACUUCCCAAGCUCUACAAAGCCCUCGAAUUUGUCGGCGUGGAAACUGGCGCUUUCAAACAAUUGACCUGCGAGUACAUGGCGGAGUCGUUCAAUCCACGCACGCCCGACGACGAAAGCGUGCAGUACUACAGCUACGGAGCCGACUUCCAGCCGCACCUGAUGUCCGUGUUUCGCAAAAGUCACAAUGUGAUUCAGGAUAUCGAGGGACCAAACGAUGGACUUGUUAGCGUUCAGAGCAGUCGAUGGGGUACCUACAAAGGGACACUGAAUCAUGUCAACCAUCUGGAUUUGAUCAACUGGACGAAUCGGUUGAGAUGGUACAUCUGGGAGUUGACUGGCAAGAAGAAGCGGACAUUCAACGCAAUCGCAUUCUACUUGAGUAUCGCAGAUAUGCUUGCCAAAGAAGGCCUUUGA